AUGCCUAACAACAACAUUCUUGUAACCGGAGGUUCGGGCUAUCUAGGCGGAACUCUUCUCCAUCGCUUGAAGCUCGCUGAACUCCCAACUUACAACACCCUCUACGCUCUGGUCAGGACCGAAUCCCAAGCUCAAGCCGUCAAGCAAUAUGGCGCUGAACCUCUCAUCUUCAAUUCUUAUGAUGUCGAAGCGGUGAAGGAUGCUGUGCUGAAAUACGAAAUCAACAUUGUCUUUUUGCUUCAUGAUGCGCUCAAGUCAAAUGCUGCAGUCAAUUUCAUCAAAGGCCUCUCGAGUUUGAAAGCGAAGAUUGGGACAGAGGUGCAUCUUUACAUCGGAGCCAAGUCAAUCUCCUCACAUGUCAACGCACCUGUGGACGAACCAUUUUCUGAUCUUGAUCAAACAAUCUACAAGAUUCAAAAGCAUAUGAAUCCUGGAAGCCCGCUUUUAUCCCAGCUCGUCGAAACGAACAACACUGUCACCGAGCUGAGCGAGUCCCUGGGCGUCCGCAGUUAUGUUUUCAUCCCGUGCAUCGUUNNUGUAUACGGGAAGGGCGAAGGCUUCGGCAACUCAAUCUCCAUACAGACCGUCGCCAUAGUGGAAGCCGCAAAAGCAGCAAAGAAAGUCUACAGAGUAGACGCAGAUCGUCCUGUCUGGCCAGUCUGUCAUAUUGGCGACAACGCCAAUCUAUAUAUUCAGAUCCUUCGCAACAUCCUCUCAGGCAAAGAACAAGGCCACGGAAAGGACGGCUACUUCCUCGCUUCACCCGGAAGCAUCGCUUGGGACGACAUCUACGCCCGUAUGGCCAAAACACUGUUUGAGCGUGGUGUUGUUACUGACCCUCAGGUUCAUACAGCCGAUGACGCAGCGCUCGAGAAAAUGGCUGCCGGACUCGGUUGCGGUAAAGAUCUCGUGGCUCUACAAUUGGGAGGGAAAUGCAUGCUCACUGCCGAGAACGGAAGAAAGAUUGGAUGGCAGCCACAGUAUCCUGCCGAACACAUCUUGGAUGCACUUGACGAGGAGGUGGGUUUGAUCUUGGAACACAAAGGCAGGGAUUGA